AUGCUUAUUUCUCUAGGUAUGUGUGCUUGCACAAACCUUGAGGCCUUUUCAGGAAUCCUUUUUGGGUUACAACGUUUAAGAAUGCUUAAACUGGAAGGCAAUAUUCUAGAGGUUCUUAAGAACUUUGACCAGUCAACGAAGGUCAAUGAGUUAAUUUUGUUGUCUCCAACGAUUAAGCAUCUUCCGGAUAGCAGUUGGAUGUUGAAACAUCUGAAAUCUCUCGAACUUAAUCUUUGUGUGUGGCUUGAGAAGUUACCUGAGGAUCUUGGCCAGUUAGAAUGUUUAGAGAAGCUGAAUUUGUCAUAUACAAAGAUUAAGCAUCUUCCGGAAAGCAUUUAUAUGUUGAAACAUCUGAAAUCUCUCGAACUUAGAUUUUGUUGUUUUUUUGAGAAGUUGCCUGAGGAUCUUGGCCGAUUAGAAUGUCUAGAGGAUCUAACUUUAUCUUCUACAAUGAUUAGCCAUCUUCCGGAUAGCAUUUGCAUGUUGAAACAUCUGAAAUCUCUUGAGCUUAUUUCUUGUUCUUUGCUUGAGAAGUUACCUGAGGAUCUUGGACGAUUAGAAUGUUUAGAGAAGCUAUCCCUAAGGAAGUGUGAAUUUUUACAAGAUAUCCCGAAUAGCAUCGGUAAGAUGAAAUGUCUAAAAUAUCUCCAUCUCCCCUAUUGUAUUCGAGUUGAGAAAUUGCCUGAGGAACUUGGAAGUUUCGAAUGUUUAAAAGAGUUGGAUAUACAAGGUACAAGCAUAAGUCAUCUUCCGAAGAGCAUUUUUUUGCUGAAAGAUCUACAUAUUACUGGGUCAAGAGGGCUUGCUGAGUUAUGGGGUUUUACAUCCGAGAUACAAACCCCAGAAUGCAAAACAACCUAUGUCCGGCUAAAUAGUGAUGGGAUGAUUUUGAGAAUAUCAGAAGGCCCGGGGAAGCCAAUUCACAAAGAAUUGAUAUGA